CAGCUCACAAGCAAAAAGAAAAGAAAAGCAGAGAUUAAGGCUUAAGCUGAAGCUAUUUCUUUUUCACUUGCUGGAACCUUCAUUUGCUGCUUUAGCUUUUCAUCGAAGAGUUUCAUUUUUUCUUUGAUUUAUUUGUGUAGAAAAAACAUAGAAGAGAUUUAAAAGAACAAAAAAAGGAUAAAAAUCAGAUCAGAUCUUCCAAAAACAUUUUUUUUCCUUAAUUUUUAAUAUCGCUACUACCAUUUUUUUCCAGAAAUUCCUCCACAUUUUCCCACAAAGUUUCUUCUUUUACUUUUAUGGUGUGUGUUUAUUUUCUUGGGUUCUCUCUCCUAUUCUCGAGAGAUUUGGUGCGGUUGUGGUUUGAUUGAUGGAUUCCCACCUUCGCUCCCUGGAGUCCUUUAUCUGUGGAUCAUGAUGGGUUUUUUACAUUCUAUUCAACAGUACUAAUAGCUUUAAAAGAUCAAAGCCUUUUCCUUUUGAGUUGCCAGAGAUGUCAGGGGUGGAAGAAACUGGGGCAAAUGAUGAAAGCAGAGAUAGAAGGUCUGAUUUUGAUAACUCUGAGGAUGAGAGAAGGAGAUCCAAAAUUGGGAAUCUGAAAAAGAAGGCCAUAAAUGCGUCCAACAAGUUCACUCAUUCUCUUAAGAAAAGAGGGAAAAAGAAAAUCGAUUACAGGGUCCCUUCUGUAUCCAUUGAGGAUGUCAGGGAUGCAAAAGAGGAGGGUGCUGUUCAUGAAUUGCGUCAAAAGCUUCUUCAUAAGGAUUUGUUACCUCCUAGGCAUGAUGAUUAUCAUACUUUGUUGAGAUUCUUGAAAGCUAGAGAGUUUAACAUUGAAAAAACAAUCCAGAUGUGGGAAGAAAUGCUUAAAUGGAGGAAAGAGUUUGGAACAGAUACCAUUUUGGAGGAUUUUGAGUUUGAAGAGCUAGAAGAAGUAUUGCAAUACUAUCCCCAGGGGUACCAUGGAGUUGACAAGGAAGGGAGACCUGUUUAUAUUGAGCGGUUAGGAAAAGCCCAUCCAAGUAGGCUUAUGAAAAUCACCACCAUAGACCGAUAUUUGAAGUACCAUGUCCAAGAGUUCGAGAGAGCUCUAUCGGAGAAAUUCCCUGCUUGUUCAAUUGCCGCAAAGCGACAAAUCUGUUCAACAACUACUGUAUUGGAUGUACAAGGACUGGGCAUGAAGAACUUUAGCAGGACUGCUGCAAAUCUUUUGGCUGCCAUGACUAAAAUAGACAACAGUUAUUACCCUGAGACAUUACACAGAAUGUACAUAGUCAAUGCUGGUCCUGGAUUCAAAAAGAUGCUUUGGCCUGCUGCUCAGAAGUUCCUCGAUGCAAAGACACUUGGGAAGAUAAAUGUUUUGGAGCCCAAAUCUCUUGGUAGGCUACUGGAGAGCAUUGAUUCUAGUCAGUUGCCAGAUUUCUUAGGAGGGUCAUGCACUUGCUCUACAGAUGGAGGGUGUCUUAGAUCCAACAAAGGUCCAUGGAAUGAUCCAGAGAUAAUGAAGCUUGUACAUAAUGCAGAGAGAACAUUUGUUAGGCAAAUUACCAGAGUAUCAAAUGACCAGCAUAACUAUGAAUCUUAUGUUCAGAUACGGCCACUAAAGCUCUGUCAGGGAAUGACUAGUGACACAUCAGCAGCAGAGUCAGAGAUCGAUGACCAGUGUUCUCCAACUGAACGGAGGAGCUCUGCAUUUCCUUGUUUGGCACCAGUUUGCGAAGACGUGAGGGUGUCAGAUCCAAAUGCUUAUUAUAGUUGCAAUGAUGGUUUCCCUAUGAUUGAAAAAACUAUAAAAAGUGACCAAGGACUCCUAUAUUCUCCAGAUCAGUUGCCUAGUUGUAGCAAUGCAGAUAGCCAAUCUCAUCAAAGAGCAUCUUUUUAUUCCCAAGGAACUCCAAUCACCAAUUGGAUAGACAACGUCAAAGAAAAGUUUGGGAGAAGGAAUAUUCAGUCUUUUGCAAAAUUGCUAAUAGCUUUAUUGGUUAGAUUGGCUGCUUUUAUUCGUACUGUUCGAUUGGAAUCAUGGAGAAGACCAAACAAUAUACAUCCUUCAAAUGUGAUUGGAUCCAGCACGAAUAGCCAUUCAAAUGUAACAGUGCCAGAAGCUGUUAAUGAAGAAGACCAUGUCCGUCCUUGUAUAGAGCGUCUCCAGAAACUAGAGAAAGCAUUUGAGGAACUCUGCAACAAGCCUGCUGGUAUUCCAUUAGAAAAGGAGAAAAUGUUGAUGGAAUCUCUGGACCGAAUCAAAUGUGUUGAGUAUGAUCUCGACAAAACUAAGCGAGUUUUACAUGGUACAGUAAUGCGGCAAAUUGAGAUUUCAGAGUUUCUGGAUAAUAUACGGGCGUCUGAAUAUCAUCGACGAAGAUUGUUUUGUUGAAUUUUUGGAGAGAUUGACCGAUAUUGUUGGGAGGAGGCUCUAGGAGUAGAAGGUUGACGCUGACAAAGUUGAUCAUCCGGGGCCAGCUUUGCUUGUGGCACCACGCAGUUGAUGAUGAAGCAUAGGGGAUGGACCUUUUUUUCCUUUUUAGCUUCUUCAUCUCCUUUUAAUCACCUACAGUACCAUGACUGAAGUUACAGUUGAGGUGUACGGAUUUUUCCAAAGCACACAGCUUUGAAACUGUGUAUGUAGAGAGAAUACAUCUAUGUGUAUGUAUCAGUGAAAGAUUUUCUUGCAAAUUACAUUCCUUUUCAAUUUUCAUUGUAUUGGAAUGAAUAUUACCA